AGUGACCAGGAGAUAGGCAACCUGCGGCUCCGGUACGAUGCGGAGCUGGCCGACGCCCGCCGGGCGCUGGACAACAUCGCUAUGGAGAGGGCCACGCUGCAAGUGGAGCUGGGCAAGAUCGGCGAGGAGCACCGGGAGCUGCACAGCAGGAAUUCAAAAAAAGAAGCUGAUUUAAACCUGGCACAGGCUCGUAUGAGAGACCUUGAUGCUCAGCUGAAUGCAAAGGAAGCUGAUUUAGCAACAGCUUUGAAUGAGAACCGAAGUUUGGAGAAUGACCUUCGUGAAUUAAAGGAUCGAGUAGUCACUCUGACGCUGUCACUGGAGGAUACCAAAAAGCAUCUCAACAGUGAAAUGUUGAGGAGGGUGGACCUGGAAAACCAUAUGAAAACUUUGCAGGAACAAAUUAUGUUCCAGAAGCGCCUUCACGAAGAUGAGCUCAAGGAGACAAAGAGAGUCCAUGAAAGCAGGAUAGCAGAAAUGGAGUCUGGCCAUCAGAAGGAAUUUGAGAGUAAGCUCUUGGAUGUUCUGCAGGGACUCAGAGAACAAUAUGAAGAACAAAUUCAAGGAUACAAAUUGGAGCUGGAGCGAACACUUGGUGCAAAAGUGGAGAAUGCCCAGCUAUCUGCUGCCAGAAAUAGUGACUUUGCCAAUGCUGCUCGGGAGGAGCUGAUGGAAACAAAGCUGAGAAUUGAUACUCUGACAUCUCAAGUUAAUCAGUAUCAAAGCCAGAAAUUUGCUUUGGAGAACAGAAUAAGGGAACUACAGGAGAUGCUGGAUUAUGAUCGUGAUCUCCAUCGAAGGCAUAUGGUUGAAAAAGAGAAAGAAAUGGCACAAGCCCAGCAGCAGGUACGAGCACAGCUGGAAGAAUAUGAGCGCCUCUUAGAUGUGAAACUGGCUCUGGAUCUGGAAAUAAGUGCCUACAGAAAGAUGCUGGAAGGAGAGGAACAGAGGCUAAAGCUGUCACCUAGUCCAUCUUCACAGAGCACUGCAACUCAAGCAGCAAGUCAAGGGCGACGGUUCCUGCAUGGGAAGAAAAGGAAAAUGAAAGAAGCCAGAAGGAGAGGGCAUAGGGCUGAGUUUAAGACUGUUCAGCAUGCUUCAUCUUCUGGAAAUGUAUCUAUUGAAGAAAUCGAUGCAGAUGGGAAAUUUGUCAGGCUUAAAAACAACUCUAAUGAGGAUCAGUCACUACAUGGAUGGGUGUUAAGACGACAUCUUGGAAGUGUGUCAGAUGUAACAUUCAAGUUUCCUUCGCAAUUCACUCUUCAGGCAGGCCAAGUAGUUACAAUCUGGGGUGCAGCUGCUGGUGUAAGCCCAGGUCCUAGUGAUCUGGUCUGGAAGUCUCUGAAGUCUUGGGGAACUGGGGAUAUUAUUGGUGUUACACUCCUCACAGAUGAUGGUGAGGAACUUGCAGAGAGGAAGAUAAUGUACGUACCCACAGGAGAAGAAAGUGGUGAGCAGGAUGAUGAUUAUGAAGAAAUAACUGGAAGUGAAAUGGAGCUUCUACCUCAGGGACUGCUGUUUCAACUGGACUACAGAAUCAAGUAG